AUGCCUAACUUCACCAUCACGGAGCCUCACCCUACCAUCCCGAAGAACUCGUACGCUCACUCUGGCCGCGGAGGUGCUGGUAACUACUUCCGUGCCCCAACCACGACGCCAUCCACUGGUGUCGCGACAAGGCCAACGCCAGUGUCAACCACCUCGACUCGCUUCCACUCCGGACGAGGGGGUGCAGGGAACGCACACGUCUCAGCCGAGAAGCCCGUCAUGUCGUUCGACGAGGAGUUCGCCUCUAAGAGCCACAUCGAGCAGAAGCCUGUCGGCUAUGUCGGCCGGGGCGGUGCCGGGAACGUGUAUGGAGCCAGCGGGCCCACCACCGUCCGCAAGGGUAGUGACGCUUCGAGUCAACACAGCUCGAGCAGCACCGGUAGCUUGUCCAACAUCUGGAGCCGCAUAAGUCACCGGCGCUAA